UCGUGGAAUACCUGCUAAUGUGAAAACAACUGAAAUUUUCCGUUUUCGCGAUCACGAUUUUCGUUACUGCGGUCGGCACACAUUGCGGAUUACGUUCCUGAUAAACUGAUAACGCCGUCGGAUACCGUUGAUAACGUUGUCAAAUAUUAUUUUCUCACUGAUAGCCGCUCUGCUGCUGCUGCUCUCUCGUCCACUCUCGAUUUCUAUUGCGCAAAUUUCCUACACACAACGCACGCAAUACGAAUAUUUAUCCGAUUUUUUUUUUUUUUCAAAACCACCAUGUACCCGCUUGAAAACUUCGAUCCCCGGACCGCCGUCGCUGUCUGAGACCCGUCGGCCCCGGCCCCGGCCCUGUGCAGUCAUCACGGCCCACUCGAACCGCGCGCUGUUCGACAGCCUACGGGGGAUAACGAACACCGUGGUUUUCGCCGAAGACUUGGCGGUCCGUCCACGCGAACCGACAGCGACCAUCAUGAGCGUGACGUACUACCACCCGGACGGUCUGCAGAGUGUCAAGCGCAGGCGGACCACCAACUUUCGUGACACCUAUCUGCGCAACCGAGAAUAUGGUUUUCGGCCCAAGUAUGGCGAUCAAAGUCGUCUACACUGCGAAAUGUACACGUCUUUGUAUCCGAUCGCCAGAUGGGAGUAUGAUGUGUCCAACGACGAUGUAGCCAAUCCUGGAGGUAUUUUCAAUUUGGAAUUCUCCCCAGAUGGAAAAAUACUGGCUGCAGCUUGUGAAAAGAAAAGUUUUAUGUUGUUUGAUCCUGUUACACAAAAGUAUAUAACAUCAAUAAAAAAAGCACAUAAUGAUUGUGUUAAUUGUAUUAAGUUCUUAGAUUCUCGAAUGAUGGCAACUUGUAGUGAUGAUACAACUAUUGCAUUAUGGGAUAUUCGUAAUCUUAAAGACCACAUUAAACUUCUAAAAGGACAUUGUAAUUGGGUAAAAAGUAUUGAAUACUCAGCAAAAGACAAUUUAUUAGUUUCUAGUGGUUUUGAUGGACAAAUUUACACUUGGGAUAUCAAUAGUUAUUCAGAAGAAGGUAGAAUUCUCAAUAAUUCUGUAUGUCAUAUUAACGGACUAAUGCGAAUUAAACUUCUGCCAGACUCCAGUAAAUUGAUUAUCUGUACAACAAGUGGUUUCAUCUUACUUAUUAACAAUUUAGAAUUACAAACAUUAGCUGCAGAUAUUCAAGGAUUCAAACCAAAUAUGUAUCGUUUAAUGCAAUUGAGUAAAACUACCAUUCCUAAUGCAGCUGCCCACACUCAUAUGUUUACUCGUAAACGCAACCGAGUUGAAUUUAUUGUAGAUUUCCCUAGAAAUGAUGAUGCUGAAAUAAUAUCAUCUAUUCAGGUUCAUCCACAAGGUUGGAAUGUAUUAAGUCGUAAUGUUACUAGUGAUGAACAAUCAGAGUGGACUUGUGUACAUGAUAUACAAGACAUUGCUGUUCCUAAAGAAAGAAGUGAACCUGAAGAAAUGAGUUCUGAAGAAGCUAAUUCAUUGGAACAUUCCUUAGCUGAUGAUCCAAUGGAAUCGAGACUUCAUCGACGUACACAUGUAGUCAUUCCUCGAGACAUAAAUGUUGGUAUAAAUAGUAUGAUACCAUUUUCUGUGUUGGGACCCACAAGAGGUAACCGUCAAGCCGACUUGUGGGAAGCAAUGAUGAAUGUCAGUGGUGGAAAUCGCAUAAGAAGUUUAAGAUAUUUAUCUGAAGGACGAGAGCGUGUAUUAGGUACAUAUUCCGGAGUGCGAAUUGUACGUAGCGCAACUGGAUUACAAGAACAAGAAGAUUUGGAUGAAAUUAUGGCAGAAGAUCGUCCGGCAUCCGAAAGAUUGGUGACAGUAUUAAUAAACCGCAAUAGCCCUCCUGAUUUGAGAAUGCGUAAUUAUCUAAUGGGUAAUUCCAGAGGUGAAAGUGCUCGUCCAAGACGUGUAGGUAAUACAGAUGUUGGAACUGUAGCGGAUACAGUAGUAUUUAUAGGCAACCGGCAGCGCCGUAACAACUACGUUCUCAGCUGCAUGAAUAGAUUCCAGGUGCCUCCAGAUCAUAAAAUUCAUAAAAACUUUAACCGUCUUACACAUUACAUUGAAGAAGCCAAUGUAGGUAGAGGUUUUAUUAAAGAAUUAUGUUAUUCCAAUGACGGACGUUUAAUCUGCUCCCCUUUUAGUAAUGGAGUUAGAUUGUUAUCGUUUUCCCCCAACUGUGAUGAAUUAUCUACCUUACAACCAAAAUUGCCUGGAAUCAAACUCCACGAAAUUGGUACAAACGUAUCUCACUCUAACAUUGUACUCUGUACCAAAUUCUCACCUGUCCAUCCUUUGCUAGUAUCGGGGUGUUUAGCCGGUCGAAUUCUUUGGUAUCAACCAAGAAUUUAAUACUUUAAUACUCUAUAAUGUUGUGUGUAUAUUAUAUUUUUUGUUUUUUCUGUUUUUCUACUAUGAUCUAAUUUUCACUAUUUGGUUAAUACAUUAUUAUUAUUUUUUUUUUUUUUUUUUUUUAUUGACAGUAAAAUUAAUACCACAGAGCAUCUAAGACAUAUGUAGACAUAUUUUUUUUACUUGUAUACAUUUAAUUAUUAACAAUUGGGCUCUAGUCCAUCUAUAUAAUAAAAAUAAAUAAAAUGUCAUAUUAAUGAUAUCACAGGUUUUACUAUAUAAUAUAAAUUAUUACAACAGUGUAUUUAAGAUUUAGCGCACACCAAAAGAGUUUCAUUUUUUUUCUCGUACAGAUCUAAUUCAGCAAUGGCCAUUUGUACGCAAAGAAAUGUUAACUCAUUAAGAGACUGCAUAUAAUGAUUAAUUUUUUCUAUUUUAAUUUGAAUGAUUAUGUUGAAAUAAUACAUUUAUAGUAUUAUAAAAUUCUU